UAGUACUGCUUAUUACAUCGAACAUAGGCUUCGGCGCUAGCCAACAUUGAACGUCACUCUUAAUAGUGCUUGGCGGCUAUCACCAGUGUUGAGAAACCAAUUGGAUAACCUCCACACAGACUCUAGGAGAAACAGCUGGGUUUGUAUGAGGUGCCCAGUUUUGUAACGCGGCGUAGAUAUGGCGAUACGUUAUGCAGCAAACCACAUAUUUCUCUGUGUGAAAAUAUGCACAUUUUACUAGCGAAUUCGUUUGUGUUCCUGUGGAAAGUGUCGGUAUCGCUGACAAUUUGUUCUGGAGCAAAUUUCGGCUCCAUACCUUUAUAUAUGGACGUCAGCUCGACGAAUGGUGGAGUUUUGCAAAAUUUAUUCAUUCCAUGUUGGGCUACUCCAUCUACAUUUCUUCAGUAAUAUUCUGGCAUCACUGAAAACCUAAAAUUAAGCGUAAUGAAGCAAAAAAUAGUCAGAGUGGCUGUAAUUUACACCCUUCCAUCGGGCGAAUCUAAAGUAGUACACUGGUGGAUCCAAAGUAUAUGUGGAGUGGGGGGAGGGGGAGGGGGAAGGGUAGUAGGGCCUGGGGACUAAGCCUUUCCCCCAACCCACCCUUGGACAUCCUAGCUGUCAUGAAGUAUUCACAGCGCAGCCAGCCUUGCCACCACCUCUGUUGCUCUUUUUGUAAGCUGCUCUCAUCCACCCCCGAGGUACGUAGCCUCCAAAAAAAAAAAAAAAAACUACAGCCGCUAACAUAAUAACAGCAUUCAUUUCUUUGUCUCAAUUUAGUGCGGACGCAAACUAACUUUACCGCUAUACUGUGAACACCAUAACGUUUGCGUUAAUGGUUCCGAGGCGUUCUCUAUUCAUUUUCUGAGCGUUGUGUUGUCUUCUGCUGCGUGUGCCCCUUGCUGACGAAUUCGGCCCUGCUGUGGGCUACGUUUUGAGUUACCCGACGGCGGCGCAAGAACUCGACUCCCUCGGCCCCUGUUCGCAAUUCCCACGCGCCCGCUUCCGCAGGUGCUCUCCUGUGACGUUCUUCACCGGCGCUGGUCUGCUGCUGCUCUUCCUCGUUGGAUUCUCGCUUUUCGUGUUCGUCAGCGCAAACACUGGCAACGCGGCGGCAUUCGAAGUCACGGCCGAGCCGGAGCCCGAAUCGGAGAGGAGGGCCAGCAAGAGAAGCGGGAUGGACGUCGCCGGUCCUGCAAAGAACGACUCCGAGCCGCGCUACGGCGGCGCGUCUGGGACCGAUCCCAAAGCAAAGCCGAACGAAGGGUUCAACAAGACGGACGACGACAGCCACGUGGUCACCGGCCUCGUUCCCGAGAAAGAGCUGCUCUACGAAGCGGCGACGCGCAGGAUUCGCUGGGAAGCAACGGCAACAACGACAGCCACGAACGCGGGAACAAUUACCCCGACGGGCUCCGUCACAACCGGCGGACGCCAAGAAUCCUCGAUCGCGGAGCCGCCGGAAGCCGGGCUUCGUCCGAGCGAUGGCGGCGGACCCCAGCAGCUUCCCGCCCGUUCGCUGCUGUGCGUGCUGGGCGGCCGGUCCGAGGAGUACGGCUCGAUGUCGGUGGACGGCCUCUGCGACGUGGCCCUGGCGCCCUUCUACGCGCUGCCCGGCGGCGACACCUUCCUCAACGACGGCCACGUGGUCACGCAAGCGGUGCUCGAGAUGGCCGCCAAGUCCAUCAAGACGACUUACGGCAUCCACGUCCCGCUCGAAAAACUGCCUCAGGCGAGAACCGACCUCAUGAGACAGAAAGCCCAGGACAGGAUGAAAUACUACUGGAUCGAGCACAACAUCUACCACUACGCGGUUCUAGACCUGGAGAUUGGGCUCAACGGCACUGCAGCUUCUGAUAUAGUCGGCCGAGUUUUCACCGUCCUUAAGCUGUUCGCAAAGAUCCAGGAGGCGAUUCGCCAGGCGGUGUCGUCCGAACGCACGUCGGAAGCGCAGCCCGACGCUUACAUCCUAUUGGGCGUCCACCUACGGAUGGCCACCAACGACGGACUUUUCAAGGCGCUUCAGGCGAACGUCCGGUCCUUCACGAUCAGCGCCCUCAUCGCCAGAACUCACGUCACCGAGCGCGACCACGACGGCUGCAAGACCAAUGGUCCUGCGCCGUACGAGAUUGAAAACAACGACCAUAUUAUGGGAAUGGCCAACGCUGUGGCCUACGUGAGGACAUUCCCCUGGGUGCAGCGAACGUCCCUGGCCGUCUCGUUCACGCUGUGCGCUCACUGGUACCGGCCCAAGAAGGAGUUCCUGGUCGGGGUUGAUUGCGUCAAGGACGUCAUGUCGGUGUCGUCUUCCGGAACCGUGUGCAGUGAAAAACCGGACUUUUUCGCCAACCAGGCCGUCGACAAGACGCAGCACACGGCGUUCUCGUGGCAGGUUCCUGAUCUCAUGGCCACGUACGACACCGCUGACACGAUGCAGUGGAAGGCGAGUGGCCGAAAUUUUGCUUUCUCACAACUUUUUUUUUCGUUCGGAGCGUCAUCCCACUGAAAUGAGUUAAGGAGGCGGUGCGAGAAUUUCUACGUCGAAUUGCUAUGCUUUCUCUCUAUGAAACAGUAAAUGUUUGCAAAACGCGAAUUUUAGACGAUGUUCUGAAAGCGGUGCCGUGAAAGUUAUAUUUUAUAAAUUUACUCUCUUACUAUUAUGAAAUUGUAGCAAAAAAAAAAAAACAGUGGUAUAUACGGAGUGCUUAGAGCAAAAAGAAAAAAAAAAUGAAGCAAUCCAGGUACAGCAGCGCAACACUUUUUGUUUACCAUCACAUAGAAGCGAACGCAUACACGACAUUUUCGCUGCAGCUACAAAGAAAAAUGAAAAUCCUUUUAGUGUUGUACUGCAGCCCUAGAUUGAGAUGUGCAAAGAUGUGUCAUUCAUUGGUCAAAUAUGUGCUUGCGUUCUUGAUUACAGACUGCACGUCCAUUUUAUUUUAUUGCGAUAGCAGUUACAUGCACACUGCAGGCGCAUU